CGUAUUAGUGUAUGUCAGAUCAUCUGUUCGCGCACUCGUUUCUAUUGUUGUUCUUGACUCUGUCAACAGCACAAGUCCAUCAGACGAACGAUCAAUUUAAUUUGUAAAAUCAUUAUAAAAGUGCGCGCAUUAUCAAAUUAAUUGCAUUCCAAAAAAGCUAUGAGAUAAUAAUGUCCUGUCAAAUUAAAGGGAUUGCUAACUUGCUCAAUCCCGUCGACGUGAAAACUCGACUUUUGGGCGAUACCAAUUAUAAAAAGUUUGAACGACUACCUGCUAAUGUUUUACCCCUACAUCACUUAUUUGUUUCCCUGUCUCCUGUUGGCGAUGUUUUGGCGUUAGCCUGGAAUACUCGUUUGGUUAUAUUAACUUCUAAAUGGGAUUCUCAAGAAACUGAUGAAGUUAAAAAUAAGUUUCAUGUCGUUUGGGAUGGAGAUGUAACUUCGAAACAACAUGAAUGUAUAACGUCUGUGAUAUGUCUUCCUCUGAUUGCUUAUGGCAAAACUAAUUCUGGAGUAGGUGCAGAUUGGACUUGCAUAGUUGUGGGACUAAGCUCUGGUUUUGUCAAAUUUUAUACAGAAACUGGGGCUUUAUUGCUGGAAGAGCAAUUACACAGCGAAAGUAUCGUAAAUAUAAAAUGUCAAUCUUAUCGCACACCACGAAACUCUGGAGAAACAGGAACCCAAGAAGAAAUAUAUAUAUUAUAUAAUACUGUUAUAUGUAUUUUACAAGGAUUUACUUUAUUCUCAACUCUCAGAGCAUAUCGUAAUCAUUUAGCCAGAGUAAAAGCUAAUUGUGAUGUCGAACCUCCAGCUGCUAAUUUAGUUUGUAAAAAAUGGUGUUUCAAGAAUCAUGAUUUUAUUAAUGAUACUGAAGUCAUAGGCUCAACUUCGGUCAAUAUAUUCGAUCAUUUGAUGACAGCAUCAGUGUGUGGAGGUUUCACUGCUAAUUAUCGUUCUAGUGCCCCUCAGCAUAGUUUAGUCAUGGCUACUGGAAAAAGGCCUUAUAUAGGUUUUCAUUAUGCUUUAGAAGGUGGUGCUGCUCCGGUUUUAUCAGAUGUUGCUAUAGCUAUGGCCAGUAAAGUUGCCAAUGCAAUUGGUGCUGCUGUUCCAUGGUUUAGAAGUAGUUCCAAGUCAUUAGGCUCGCAAGAUAAAAUUAAAGGGGUUUUAAGCGACCCCCCAGAGCCUAUGACUUGUAGAUUUGGUUUGAGUGAUAUUAUGAGAGAAGGUGAUACCAUUGUUGUUAGUCCAAAUAAGUUGUUAUCAGUUGUAACUGAUGUUAUGGGAAGAGUAAUACUAGUUGACAAUAAACAAGGAAUUGCUAUAAGGAUGUGGAAAGGAUACAGAAGGGCUGAGUGUGGAUGGAUAGAGGCAUUAGAAGAGAAGCAAUCAACUUCUGUGAAAGGUUUUCAUGGAAAAAAUAGUACAAGUAAUUCUUCUAGAAGACGCACAGCACUUUUCUUAGUUAUAUAUGCUCCAAAAAAAGGAGUUAUUGAUAUUUGGAGUGUACAAUAUGGACAUAAAAUCACUACAUUUUCGGCUAGUAAAAAAGGGAGAUUAUUAUACACAAACUAUGGCCUGUGUGGAUUGAACAAUACACCCAUUGCUUCUGGCAAUCAAGCUUUGCAUCCUUGUGUUUUUAUUGAUCCCUUAGGAGGGAUUAGAGAGAUCACUGUACCAUUCCACUUUGCUUUAAAUAGUCAAAGCAGUAAUAAAGCUAGAGAUAUUCAUCUUUUCAGAAAAUUAAAAAUGUUUUUGAGAGAAGAGGAUUUUGAUGAAGCUAAACUAGUUAAUGAAGUUACAAAUACAUGUUUAGAACUGAAAACUAAUGAAGUCAGAUUACAAACAAUUGAAAUGCUCAUGAUAAACAAGCAUAUAACUCCUGAUUCUUUAAUAGCUGCCAUUAAUUGUUUUUCAAAACAGCUUGAUUUACAAGAAGAUGAUGAUUCAGAAUUGGCAACAAAAACAAUGUAUCACAUGGUAAAUCAACUAAAACGAGCAAUCAAGUUUUACAAGUAUGUAAGAUAUCAAUAUGAUAAACCACCUGAAUAUUCUACAGUAGCUUCAGAUAAUGUACCUGAUGGAAAACAAUUAUCCUCUAUUUUAUUUACAUCUGAACGUGAAAUUCAUCGCAUCCUCAAACUCUCUAAAACAAUUAAUCAUCUUAAAAAUUCCCAUUCUAAAAAUGAAUCAAGAGUUACAUUCAAAGAAGAUGGGAAAACUUUUUUGGAUUUUAUAUCCUGCUUUGAUUUUGGUACUCCUGGAUCAUUAGGAUUACAUAAAGAUGUUUCCUAUGACCUAAAAUGUCAAAUUUCUAAACUACUCUUUCAAGGAUGGAUGUAUUCUAACGAUCCAAUUUCUAAAUGGCAAGAAAACGCUCAGAGUAGCGAUAUUCAACCCGGAGUAUUGAUUCAAUUUGCUAUGCUCUAUUGGUUAAAUAAAAACCAAGGUGCGCCACUAGAAAUUGAGCUAGUCAAUUUUACAAAGCUUCUAUUUGCUAUUUGUUCCUUCAUCGAUCCCGACGACAUUUGUCGUUGCAACGAGGCUUCGCGUUGGUGGAAAGACGUUCAAAAUAUACUGAUACAAUCUACGCAACCGUUUAACGCUCUGACAGCGGCGAUAGCGUGUCGAGCAGUAGCUGCUUCUAUGCAAAGAAAUAAGGAUACAAUGAAAACAACUCUUUUCAAAGAUGACAAUGGCAAUGAUGAUGAGAAAAAUGGUAACAAAUUAGAAAAAAUGGACGAGAGUGCCGAUAGAGAAGAUAUGUCUUCAAUCGAGGACGAGACCAUCAGUAACCAUAGCGAUUGGGAAAACGUAAGUAAAGAUACCUGCCAAUUUUCCUUGCUUGCUGGAAAUUUAGAAGAUAUUGCUAUCUUGGAUGCGAUCGUGAGUAACCCACCGACGAUCGAUGAUUCAACAAGAUUUCAUGCUUUACCAUACGAAACGCCUUCAAUUUCAUUGGCACUUAUAUUGUCAAAGGGCAAAGGUUCUGUUUCUGAAGCAGUGGCUAAAUGGUUGAUCUCAACUGGUGUUGAUCCAGCUCAUUUGAUAGACACAACUGAUAUUGAAUUUGAUCAAGUUCAGUUGUCUGUAGACACCAUACAAUACGCUGUUUCCUUAGACGAAGCUAAGGCCCUUGAAGUAUCGCAACAAAAUGCGAAAUCAUUACUUACUCUAUCUGUUGAAGUAGGUAGCGAGGCAAAACCUGAGCAAACAUCGAUGGCUUCCGUUUUAGAUAAAGUCACUCUACUUAAGAGACACUUCCCGUACAGUCUGACCAGUAGCGUUUUGUUAGCAAAUUUGUGUUGGGAAUACGUAAUAAGUUGGAGUAAAGACGUUACUCAAUUGGACAAUUUAGAAGCUGCAUUGUCUAUUCUCCGACAAAUUCCUUUCAAACGUAUCCGACAUGGGGUUUCUUAUUUAUUAUGGUCCAUACAUUUAAAGAAAAAAAUGGAGUUCGCUGCAAAGCUUAUAAAUAAAUGUGGGAAAAUACCAAAAGAAAGAUUAUGCAUGCAAGAUACUGGUCUGUCGGAUACUCAGCUUACUACCUUGUUACAACAAUGCGUUCUAUUUUUGAACAUAUUUUUAGACGCAGAAAUACUUGAAGAAGAAAAUUGUUCUUUUGUAAGAUCCGAGGAGUUGUGGGAAGGUCACACUGCAAGUGGUCCGCAGCCUUUUUCAGUUUUAGCAAUAUCUCAACCACCAGCCUCUUACGAUCUACUCAUGUUACACUUACAAUUGGCCAAUGUACUCCACAUGAUUGCACACUUUAAUCUGAAGUUUCCACCAAAACCUAUCAAUAAUUUAUUUGAUUCAUUGGCUCAUCAAUACUUUUUCCAGGAAAUAAGUAAUGUAGUAGUCAUUCCAUGGUAUAAAGAUGAAAAACGAGAUAAUUCUCGAAUGGAGUUCCUUUGUCGCGUUAUUACUGCAUCGAUGGAGUCCAUCCAUCAAGAUACUUUGGAAAUAGAUAACUAUAGCUCCCGUCACGCAAUUAUAUGGAUGUCAAAUUGUCAAAGUUUGGCUUACACUUGGAAAAUCAAUAAUGAUGAGUUGAGAAUACAUCAAGCGUGUCAAUUAUACAUCAAUGGCUUAGAUCGUUUGGCUGAAGAGGUGGUUAUUGCUGUAAACGAUACCGAACGAAUGGCCUCUAAUCUUCUUCCAAUUGCUGGGGGGCGAAUGGUAGCUUAUUUGGCUAAAGUUAAUGAUUUGCUUCAAGAAGUAUCUCAGAUCAGCCCUGCCCUCUCGGCUUACUUACAAGGUUUAUCUGCUAAUUCGCAAAACUUAGUUUUAACGAACUGUUCUAAUGAGGAUACCGUCGAAUUGGUGAAAUUAGUAUCGAGAAAUUUACCUGAAACACAUAGUGAUUAUUAUAUUGCUCAAUUAAUGCUUGAUGCAACUUGCAUUUAUCAAAGCAAAACUCCGAAAAAUGUGAAUGAUUAGUUCGUUCAUAAUUUUAAACUUUUAUCAUAUCAUUUUACUGAUUUAUUUACAGAAUCAGAAUAUAAAAAAUUAUGUUUGAAAAAUUGCGGCAGUUUAAAUAUUACACGAGUAUUUUAUCCUUGUUUAAAAAAAAAAAAAAAAAAAUAGUCACCUACCCUGAAAAGCAUUUAAAAGGGGUUUGUCUUACACUACAAAUUAUGAACGUUUUGAAGUAUUUUGAUAUAUAUUUGUCAUUGUCGAAAUGUAUUGUUAUCUGUAAAAAAUAGUCUAUCUAGAGUUGCCAUUGUUUUGGCAUUAGAAACGUAUGUUUGUAUAUACCUUAAUGAUAUACUUCAAGUAGUUGAAUGUAAAGAAGAUUGUUAAUAUAGUUAGUUGCUUGUUACAAGCAUUAACUAUCUAUAUAAUAUUUAUUAUUGUUAUUCAAUUUUAUUUUUCCGCUUACAAUCUAGUUUUUGAUUGUCUUUUUGAAUUUGAAAGGAACAGCACAAUAGUCAAAAUUCUAGUCAUGAAACUGCUUCAUGCUUCAAUACAGAUAUAUUAUAAUAUAUUUGUUGAUAAAUUUCUUCAUAAAAGAAUGGAAUCACAACGAAAGCAAUACAUUAUGACAAAUCACAAAAGAAAAAAAGAUGAAUGAAAUUUGUAGACAAAUGAUUCAAUCAUCAUGUCACACACACAGGGUUUAUUAAGCUUUGAAUAAAAUUGAAUUGAAAUUUG